ACAUUUGAUGGUCAUGGAAAUUCUCUCCUGUGCCUAAACGGUCGGGGAAAUUCUCUGUCAAACGCUCUCCCGUUCUAAGAAAAAUAUGGAUAAUUUAAAGCUCUCCGACUCAUUUCAGCGUUGAGUACAGAAAUACGCGCCUUUAUUUGAAAUAAUUUCGUUCCUUUCUUCUCCUUAUAUUAUAAAACAUUACUUUCCUUAAAAAUCACACUUUAAAUUUCUUUUGGAUUCUGUUGGAAUACAUAUACUGAAUAGAAGGUUUCCUGGAAUUGUGCAAGUUUUUGAGCGAGCAGUGGAUCCAAACGCUGGAUUGUGUACAGAAAAUUUGCACGCAUCAGCAAAGUCUCCGGCAUACAUACAUAUUCCCUGUGUAUGUACCAUGAUCUUGAUGCGAGCAGUCGCUGCGACUUUAUUCGUGCUUAUUUUCUUCGACAUUUAAUUAAUAAUUAAUAAUGAGUCUUGACCAAGAAAAACUGCAGAGUGUUUUGGAAAAAUUGAUGAUUUCCGAUGGAAAACAUUCUGAGUACAAUGCGAUGGCUGUCGAAAAAGAAAAUUGGAUAGUUAAGGAGCUAAGUAAAUUUUGGGGUGCAACUUUUAAUGGCCUUAGCGUUAAAGGAACCUACUUGGAUAGGGCAAAGUGGAAGACUUGUGAUGAAUUUGAUUUGCAUUUGAAGCUGAAAUUGCCAUUUCCAAUCACCCCAAGAAAAGACGAUAAGGGAUUCGUGUUCUUAUAUGCAGGCAUCUACAAACAUGAGAUCGUAGUCGACAAUUACGUAAAUCGAAAGAGACUUAAUGAUUGGUUCCUCAGUAAAUUGCAAAGUUUCAAGAGUUAUAAUAAUAAUUUUCAAUAUACAGCCAAUGAGAAUGGACGUACCCACACCUUGAAAUAUAUACAAAGCAAUAUCGACAUAUCGUUCGAUUUGGUGCCAGCAUUCCAGUUUACUUGGGAUCAGUUGCCGCUCGACUUGGACCUGCCACCAAUUUCUGCUGAAGUGGGUUCUGAUAUGUUGUGGCUAGCUGUGCCGCACACCAAGCGUGGCUCCAGCGGAGACGAGCGCACAUUUAUGGUGUGUUCCCCACACUACGAGCGUGAAGCAACAAAGGAUUUGAAAAAUUUCAAUAAUGUUUUACGCCUGAUGAAGGGUGUGCGGGACGCGCACGUUGAUGAUUUUCCCCAACUAUCAAGCUACAUGCUAAAAACUGUCUUGCUCCAUCAACUGGGACGCGUUGAUUGGAACAGCGAUUUGGCCACCCUUUUUCUGGAGAUGUGGUCCUGUUUGGUAGAUCAUCUCAAUUCUGGACACAUGGACUUCUUUUUAUCUAAGGGAAAUAACAUUUUUGAUGAUAUGCAAUGUAGAGAGUUUCACGAAUGCCGCAUUUCAGCUGAACGCCUAUUGGCUGACUUUAAAAAUGCUGCAAGUUACAACUCUCUAUGGCUCCACCGUACUUUCAACGUUUAAAUGAGCGCCAUCAUAAAUUCUAUGCAUUUAUCAUUUUGAAUUGUAAGCUGUAAAACGAAAAUUACACUUUUAUUUGUUUCCAAAUAAGUUCAUAAAUAUGUAUACUUCUGAAAA